CUGUGUUUUGUCGACUCUUGACAGGGACGCACCAACUUGCCGCCAGAGAGGGUUCCCUGGAAUGCACUACGCAUCCUCUUUGGCCAAUGCAUCUACGGAGGCAAGAUCGACAACGACUUUGAUCAGCGUUUGCUGAACUCGUUCCUGAGCAAGCUGUUCACAGCCAAGAGCUUUGAGCCUGACUUCAUGCUGAUUGAGCCCAACGCUGGAGACAGCCUUGACAAGGGCAUCGCCAGCCCAGAGGGAAUAAGGCGGGACCAGUUCCUGCACUGGGUGGAGUCACUGACUGAGAGGCAGACGCCAUCCUGGCUUGGACUGCCCAACAAUGCAGAGAAGGUGUUGCUCACCAACAGAGGGGGCGACCUGAUAGCGAAGCUGCUUAAGAUGCAGCUGCUGGAGGACGACGACGAGCCGGCCUACGUGGCGGCCGAGGAGGGCGAGAGGGCCGUGCCGGGCGACGGCCGACCUGCCUGGAUGGCCACCCUGCAGCAGUCGGGCUCCACCUGGCUGCGGCUGCUCCCGCCCAGCCUCCAGAGCUUGCGCCGCACCAAGGACAACAUCGGCGACCCACUCUACCGGUGCCUCGAGCGAGAGGUCAACGUGGGCUCCAAGCUGCUCAAGGUGGUGCGCUCUGACCUGGAAGACAUGGUGCGCAUUUGCCGGGGAGAGCGGCGCCAGACCAACUACCAUAGGACCAUGAUCGCUGAUCUUGCCAAGGGCAUGCUGCCAUCCCACUGGAAGAAGUACACGGUGUCGCCCGGUUGCACUGUCAUCCAGUGGGUGACGGACUUCUCGGACCGCAUCAAGCAGCUGCAGAGGGUCUCCCAGGCCUGCACCUCGGGAGGGGCCGCCGCUCUCAAGUCCCUGCACGUCUGGCUGGGCGGCCUGUUCAACCCGGAGGCCUACAUCACGGCCACCCGCCAGUACGUGGCCCAGGCCAAUGGGUGGUCUCUGGAAGAACUCUCGCUCGAGGUGCGGGUGUCUGACGUGGACGAGAAGCCCGGCCCCAUGGAUGAGUACAGCUUUGCCCUGGCCGGCCUGAAGCUUCAGGGUGCCAAGUGUGUCCAGAGUCGGCUGAGCCUGACCUCGACCAUCUUCACAGAACUGCCCCUGACCACCAUCCGUUGGGUCAAGUACCAGGAGGAAGACGCCGGACAGGCCAUGGUGACACUGCCCGUGUAUCUCAACUCCAGCCGCACAGAGCUCCUCUUCACCGUCGACCUUCCUGCGGCAGACCCCCGGGAGUCUCACAGUUUCUACGAGCGAGGCGUUGCUUUGCUCUGUUCGACCACGCUCGGCUGAUGACUUUGCCGCAACCUCGACCGAUUACUUUGUUGCAACCCGGACUUGACGAUCGUUUAUACCCUAUUGGGUGCAGUGCCAGACCACACGACACCUAGCUAAACUCCGCACAGCUGCAAGGCUUGUCACAGCAAUGUCGUUUACUCGCAUUCUGUGAUGGCUCGACCUUGUUCUGUCCUAGUUCAUAUCGAGGUGUGGUAGCUUUUUAUAUUUGGCUUUUUUUGGAUUGGUGCCUCAUCGAAGGCAUGAGUUGAAUGUGACCUCGUUUUUGGAGGUGCACUUGGCAGUCGUGGCUGCGUCCGAAGGUUGGGACUGGUCUCUCCUUGGCAGCUUGUUUUAUUUUUACUAUACUACUUUUGUUGCGGGUGUUGCUCGUAUAAUGCACCGAUGUCAUUGAAGAGGACUUUGUUGUCGCUUUCUGGUGAAAUAAAUACAUUUUAUCACACAGUGA